GGGGUGAAAUAUAUAAACGUUCUAUUUAAAUAAAGAGCUAUUCAGGUCCAUGCCCAGCCAAGCGAAAAGGAAAAUGGCCGAAUGAAUGAACGAAACAGAGCUAAACUUCCACCAAAAGAAAAGAAAAAAACCGAAACUAAAGUAAACAACGUUCACCAUGGAACGUUAUGAUCAUCAGCAUGCUUUGAUACCAGAAGAUAUUCGAGUGCCACCGUUCGUUCAUGCACAACCAGCUCUCCCACCAAAGACCCGAUGCAGUCAUUGUUGUUUCCAGUAUGCACCUUACAGCUCAGAUGAAUCACGUCAUUCCGCGAUGACGUUUUGUAACGGCAACUUUUGUACGCAGACGUGUUUUUCGUCACUUCAACGGUAUAGUAGAUUGGUUCCACAAACUCAAGCGUCGUGUAGCUGCCAUUCGCCAGUUCCUUUUCACGCCCGUGUCCUAUCGCACCCUCAGACAACGGGAGGAUGUCGUUGUUGUCAGCGUCGCCAAUCUUCUAUGAAUCUACCUUCGCAUGUGCAUCAUCACUUAGCACAUGCGCACUUAACAACAGAUAAUUUGACGUAUCCAUCACCACAUUAUGCAACUGCGUAUGCACCUCAUCCUGGCCUGCACCAUUCGUGGGAACCUACGACUGGAUAUAGAGGAAGAGAAUACCACUUACAUAUGGAAAGCUCGCCGGGUGCAUCCUCUCACGAAUAUCACUCACAUGUCCACCAUCAUGUCAAUCACCAUGGCAACAGCACACCUGUGUGUACUUAUAGAGGUCAUGUUAUUAGAGACCAAUCGUUAUAUACGCUAGCAUCUAGACAUUAUCGACGCCAUUCAUCUCGACUAUCUCCUUAUCCUAUACACGGUAUAUCUUAUCCGUUGGGAGAUCAUAACUCUGUAUUUCCGAGUUUUCCUCCUGGUUUUUCGUUGCUACCACCGCGCCCUCUUAUCCCAACAGCUUUUGACAUUGACUUACUCGGUGAACUUGAAGUGGAACCGCUAGAAAAUGACUGGCAAGAUGGACACCCUGUGGAACCGAAAGGUCUGACUAAAGAACAAAUAAGAGAUUUACCAAGUUACAUUGUUACGAAAAAAACGAUGGAGGAAUUCACAGAAAAUGAACGUUGCGUGGUUUGUAUGUGUGAAUUUGACGUUGAAGACAAACUUCGCAUUCUACCAUGUGCUCAUGAAUUCCAUUUAAAUUGUGUCGACAAAUGGUUAACGACGAACCCGACAUGCCCGAUAUGCCGUGCCGUUGUUGACAUGACGUGAAGGGGAAAUGGAUGUGGUGUUGGUACCUCAUAUUUAUCGGUGUUUGUGUUUUCUUUUUGACAUUUGUAUAUACGACUCAAACAAUACUUACCUUUCCUUUAAAAAAAUAUCCCGUUUGCGUUUUCUGUUGCCAUUUUAAACUUUGAUGAACUUUCAGCAUGCAAAAAUAGUAUUAAAAAUUUUUUGUAAAUUAUCGUCAAUUUAUUGAAUUUAUUUUUUCA